UUCAAACUGCGGAAUACAUCCAGUACUACUAAAGGUGUCAUUUCGUUCUGUAACUUGUCGAUGCAAAGGAUGUCGUUCUUCGAGGAGCGGGCUAGACUGUUGCAGAUGUCAACUGAGACAGACCAGCUGAAAUACGAGAAGGCAUCCGACCACUUGAGUGCAGAAGCGGGUGGACGCUAUGAGGAGUGCACUUUGGCCCUGGUGUUCCUGCGCAGCCUUCGAGAGGGACUGCAGUUCAUCCUCUCGUCAAACGAUGCCGCGGCUGACAAGUUCGACGAUGUUGUGCUCUGCUGGAACGACGAGGAAGACUCCACUGUAUCGGCCCUCUUCGGACAACUGAAAUACAAGACGUCAGCUAAGCGCACAACUAUAAGCAGAUCCAGUCUAAUGGGGAAUAAAAAGGAUUUUAGCCUUAGGACGUACCGCGACUCUUACGUUAAAAUCAGAGACUCUUUAGAUGGUGGCAGUUACGCACUUGUACUGUCCACAAAUAUUGACCUAGACGACGACGCACAGAAGCGAUUUGAAAACAAUGAAGGACAAGAUUAA